ACAAUGAUAAACUUUGAAGGCAUAUUUAUUUUGAAUCAUGCAAUACUUAAUGACAGAUUGUAAAUAAUGACGUUCUUAUACUUCGCUUAUGGAAGCAAUUUAUUGCAACAAAGAUUACAUAUGGGAAAUCCGAGUGCGAGAUUUGUUGCUAUAGGAGAACUAAAAGAUCACACACUAGCCUUUAGUUGCCUCGGUAUGAAACCAGAGAGAAUGAGAUGGAGGGGAGGCGCUGCCAGUAUACGAGAGGACCCUACCAGCUCAGUCUGGGGAUGUGUAUGGAGGUUGGGAAACGAACAUAGCAACACGUUAGACAGACAAGAACUUGUUUAUGAUUCCAAAAAUGUUACAGUCACAUCAUUAGACGGAAGGGAGUACACAUGUAGAACGUAUCAACUUCCGGCCAGCUAUUUUGAGGACGAAGGCCCAAACAACAGGCCUUCACCCAUGUACUUGGAUAUAAUCAUAAAAGGCGCAAUUCAAAAUAAACUGCCAGAAGAUUAUGUGCAUUUUCUAAGAACAGUAGAAACAAAUGACCUGCUAGAUAAUGAUCUUGAAAUUUAUGCAGACAUUUUGAAACGUGUAAAUGAAGAAUCAUGAAGAUUGUAAAUAAAUUAGUAACAAAGUCAUUAAACAUUGUCAUACAUGUUUUAUUAAGUGUAUUAGUUUAGUUUUGGCCAGUUUAAAGUUAGCGAGGUAGGCCUUCGCGAAUACUUUAAAUAUAUCCAUAUAUUAAUACCCCCCAAAAAAAUUCUCAACUAAUGUUGCAUAGAAGAUAUUAAGAUAAACGUCAACAGACACUGUUUUAAGGGGCAGUUGCACACUUAAUCUAGCGAGCGAGGUCAUUACUAUAGUGGAUGAAUGUAGUUCAGAAAACUGUUUUGCUUCAUGUUUUAUUGAACAUGUCAGAAUAUAAAUAAACAAUGCCUACUAGUG